AUGCACAAAGACACGAUCAACAAUCUCAAAAACCCAGACAACCAGAAUGAACUUCUCGAAGUUCUUAUCAAAACUACUCUCACCAUGAUUAUCGAAAUCAAUCUCGUUCUCGAAAUAGAGAUAAUUAUAGAAACAAAAGUUGGUCACAAGACAGAAACCAUUAUAGAUUCAACUGAGCCUCUUCUCGAGAAUGUA